GACCUGACUUCAAUACCAGACAACAUCUUUUUCGACAUUAAACAUCACUCAAGAAAUUGAAUUUCGCUGCUCUCUUAUUUGACGCUCGUCAUUACUCGACAUCGUUUUCUGCCAUUUUAUGCCAGCAGACAUCCAUUUUUUUAGCCCUAACGCUGGUAUCGUUGAGGUACAGGUUAGCACGUGGGUCAGGUCCUUAAUAGGAUAGUUCAAGUCGACCCGACAAAGAGACCAAGGUAAAGCGGUGAAUUAGGCAAAGUAACUCUCAGGGUAUUUGAACGAAAACUUUUAAUCAAAUAUGAAGGUGAAAAUGGCAUCCUUGAUAUUAGAGGACGGAACCACGUUCAAAGGCCGCCUUUUUGGGGCCAAUACUUCAGUGUCUGGUGAAGUUGUCUUUCAGACCGGGAUGGUGGGCUAUCCUGAGGCCCUGACUGAUCCUUCAUACAAGGCCCAGAUUCUGACUCUAACCUACCCACUGGUUGGCAACUAUGGGGUGCCCAAGGAAGAAGCUGGAGAGUUUGGACUCAGCAAGUGGUUUGAAUCCUCCAGAAUCCAUGUGUCUGCCCUCGUUGUUGGGGAGGUGUCGCAGAAUCCCAGUCACUGGAGCUCAGCCUUGUCUCUGGACCAGUGGCUGAAAGAACAGGGCAUCCCUGGACUGGAGGGUGUGGACACCCGAUGUCUGACAAAGAAAAUCCGGGAGAAGGGGACCAUGUUGGGCAAACUGGUGGUAGAGGGAACCCCUGCUGAUAGCAUUCCAUUUGACAAUCCUGACGCCAGAAAUCUUGUCAAAGAAGUGGCCAUGAAGGAACCAAGAGUUUUCAAUGCUGAGGGAAGCAUGCGGAUCACUGCAGUGGAUUGUGGGAUCAAGUACAAUCAGAUCCGCUGCCUGUGUCAGAGAGGAGCUCAGGUCACUGUGGUUCCCUGGGAUCACCCCCUGGAUUCCAAAGACUUUGACGGACUAUUUAUUAGUAAUGGUCCUGGUGACCCCCAGUUCUGUAGGGAGACGAUUGAGAAUGUGCGGAGGGUGGCAUGUGUGGAUAACCCCAAACCCGUGUUUGGUAUUUGCCUCGGCCACCAGCUGCUAUCUCUGGUCAUUGGAGCAAAGACCUACAAGAUGAAGUAUGGAAACCGAGGUCAUAACCAGCCCUGUGUCCAUAAGGACACCCAGCGCUGUUUCAUCACCUCACAGAACCACGGCUUUGCUGUGGACCCCAGUACGUUGCCUGUAGACUGGGACAUCCUCUUCACCAAUGCCAACGAUCACACUAGUGAAGGCAUUGUUCACAACACAAAACCGCUUUUCAGUGUUCAGUUCCACCCUGAACACAUGGCAGGACCCACUGACCUGAACAGCCUGUUUGAUGUCUUUUUGGACACAGUCAGAGACUUCAAAGAGGACAAGACUGACAAAUCCGUGAAGCAAAGGCUGACUGAACAUCUGACCUUCCCUGGCUCUCCCAGGCCAGAGGACGUUGUUCGGCCUCGUAAGGUUCUGAUUCUCGGCUCAGGAGGACUGUCCAUCGGACAGGCUGGAGAGUUUGACUACUCUGGAUCUCAGGCCAUAAAAGCUUUGAAAGAGGAGAACAUCCAGACUGUCCUCAUUAACCCUAACAUCGCCACAGUGCAGACCUCAAAAGGCCUCGCUGAUAAAGUGUAUUUUUUGCCCAUCACACCAGAAUACGUGACUCAGGUGAUCAAGAACGAGCGGCCGGACGGAGUCAUGCUCACAUUUGGGGGUCAGACGGCUCUGAACUGUGGCGUGGAGCUGACCAAACGGGGCAUUCUGGAGAAGUAUAAUGUGCGUGUGCUGGGGACGCCUGUGGCCUCUAUCGAGAUGACAGAGGACAGGAAGGUCUUUGUAGAGAAAAUGGAGGAGAUAAAUGAGCAUGUGGCCCCCAGUGAAGCAGCACUGUCAGUGGAGCAGGCGAUAGCGGCAGCUGAGAGGUUGGGUUACCCUGUACUGGUGCGCUCUGCUUUUGCGCUGGGUGGACUGGGAUCAGGCUUCGCCAACAACCGAGAGGAGCUGACUGCACUGGUCACUCAGGCCUUUGCUCACACCUCCCAAGUCCUGAUCGACAAAUCGCUGAAAGGCUGGAAGGAAAUUGAGUAUGAGGUGGUCAGGGAUGCCUACGACAACUGUGUGACGGUUUGUAAUAUGGAGAACGUGGACCCCCUGGGGAUCCACACAGGCGAGUCCAUUGUGGUGGCGCCCAGUCAGACACUGAAUGAUUAUGAGUAUAACAUGCUCAGGAACACUGCCAUUAAAGUCAUCCGCCACCUGGGCAUCGUGGGAGAAUGCAACAUCCAGUAUGCACUGAAUCCAGAGUCUGAGCAGUAUUACAUCAUUGAGGUGAAUGCUCGUCUGUCCCGGAGUUCCGCCUUGGCCAGCAAGGCUACUGGUUACCCUCUUGCCUAUGUCGCUGCCAAACUGGGCCUGGGCAUUCCAUUGCCUGUCCUGAAAAAUUCUGUGACAAAUUCUACGACAGCUAACUUUGAGCCCAGUCUGGAUUACUGUGUGGUGAAGGUCCCUCGCUGGGACCUGAGUAAAUUUCUGCGUGUCAGCACCAACAUCGGCAGCUCCAUGAAGAGUGUUGGGGAGGUGAUGGCCAUAGGCCGGAGUUUUGAAGAGGCCUUCCAGAAAGCUCUGAGGAUGGUGGACGAGAACUGUGUUGGCUUUGACCACACCAUUAAACCAGUGUCUGAUGAGGAGUUGAAGACCCCGACAGACAAGCGUAUAUUUGUCCUGGCGGCUGCCCUUCGUGCUGGCUACACCGUGGACCAACUGUAUAAGCUGACCAAGAUCGAUCGCUGGUUCCUACACAAGAUGAAGAACAUCGCUGACCAUGAGAAACUUCUGGAAACAUACAAUCAGGAUGAGAGCACCAUGCCUCCGGAGGUGAUGAGGAAAGCCAAGCAGCUCGGCUUCUCCGACAAGCAGAUAGCCUUGGCCGUACAAAGCACUGAGCUGGCUGUGAGGAAGCUGCGACAUGAUUGGCAGAUCUUGCCUGUGGUGAAGCAGAUUGACACGGUGGCCGCAGAGUGGCCCGCCCAGACCAACUACCUGUACCUGACCUACCACGGCACGGAGAGCGACCUGAAGUUUGAGCAGGCCCACGUGAUGGUGAUUGGCUCAGGAGUGUACCGCAUAGGCAGCAGUGUGGAGUUUGACUGGUGUGCUGUGGGCUGCAUCAUGGAACUCAGAAAGAUGGGUUACAAAACAAUCAUGGUGAACUAUAACCCAGAAACUGUCAGCACAGAUUACGACAUGUGCAACCGACUGUACUUUGAUGAAAUCUCCUUUGAGGUGGUGAUGGACAUCUAUGAGAUGGAGAACCCUGAGGGCAUUAUUCUGUCCAUGGGCGGCCAGUUACCCAACAAUAUCGCCAUGGCUCUACAUCGACAGCAAUGCAGGAUCCUUGGCACCUCCCCCGAGUUCAUCGACUCUGCUGAGAACCGCUUCAAGUUUUCCCGAAUGCUGGACACCAUUGGCAUCAGUCAGCCGCGCUGGAAAGAGCUCUCUGAUACUGAGUCUGCCAUGCGGUUCUGCGAGAUGGUGGGCUACCCGUGCCUGGUCAGGCCCUCGUAUGUGCUGAGCGGAGCGGCCAUGAAUGUGGCUUACUCAGACAGCGACCUGGAGAAGUUCCUUAGUAACGCCGUGGCUGUCUCUAAGGAGCAACCAGUCGUCAUCUCCAAAUUCAUCCAGGAGGCAAAGGAGAUAGACGUUGAUGCUGUUGCGUGUGAUGGUAUAGUCAUUGCCAUAGCGGUGUCAGAACACGUGGAGAAUGCUGGGGUGCAUUCUGGGGAUGCAACGCUUGUCACCCCUCCUCAGGACAUUAACCAGAAGACCAUGGAGCGCAUAAAACUGAUUGUCUACGCCAUUGGACAGGAGCUACAGGUCACUGGACCGUUUAACCUGCAGCUUAUAGCCAAGGACGACCAGCUAAAGGUGAUCGAGUGCAACGUCCGUGUCUCCCGCUCUUUCCCUUUUGUCUCCAAGACACUGGGUGUGGACCUGGUUGCUCUGGCAACACAGGUGAUCAUGGGAGAGGAGGUGGAACCUGUUGGGUUGAUGAAAGGCGUCGGCAUCGUGGGAGUCAAGGUGCCUCAGUUCUCGUUCUCUCGGCUGGCUCGAGCUGAUGUGGUGCUGGGUGUGGAGAUGACCAGUACCGGAGAAGUUGCGUGUUUUGGAGAGAACCGCUAUGAGGCCUAUCUGAAAGCCAUGCUCAGCACUGGCUUCAAAAUCCCCAAGAAAAACAUCCUCCUGUCCAUCGGCACCUUCAAGAAUAAGAGUGAGCUGCUGCCCACGGUGCAGGCCUUGGAGAGUUUGGGCUAUAAUCUGUAUGCCAGCCUCGGAACAGCUGAUUUCUACACUGAACAUGGAGUCAAGGUGACGGCAGUGGACUGGCCUUUUGAGGAAGAGAGUGACUGUCCCAGUAAGGAGAAACAGAGGAACAUCAUGGACUAUCUCGAGGAGAACCAUUUUGACUUGGUCAUUAACCUGUCCAUGAGGAAUUCUGGGGGAAGACGCCUGUCCUCCUUCGUGACCAAAGGAUAUCGCACGCGUCGCAUGGCUGUCGACUACUCAGUCCCCCUCAUCAUUGACAUCAAGUGUACCAAGCUCUUUGUUCAGGCACUGAAGCAGAUUGGACAAGCCCCACCUGUCAAGACUCAUGUUGACUGCAUGACCUCACAGAAGCUCAUUCGUCUGCCUGGCCUCAUUGAUGUGCAUGUCCACCUCCGCGAACCUGGUGCCACUCACAAAGAAGAUUUCUCCUCUGGGACUGCCGCUGCCCUGGCAGGCGGCAUCACCAUGGUGUGUGCCAUGCCCAACACCAACCCUGCCAUCGUAGACCCCAACUCCCUCGCCAUGGCCCAAAAGCUUGCCAAGGCAGGAUGUCGCUGUGACUAUGCCCUGUUUCUGGGAGCUGCCUCUGAUAACGCCGCCAUUCUCCCAUCCCUCGCACACUCUGCAGCCGGACUCAAGAUGUACUUAAACGACACGUACUCCACACUGAAAAUGGACAACGUUUCUCUAUGGAUGGAGCACUUUGAGAAGUGGCCAAAGCAGUUGCCCAUUGUGGCCCACGCUGAGAAGCAGACGGUAGCUGCCAUCCUCAUGGUCGCCCAGCUCUACCAGAGAUCGGUCCAUAUCUGCCACGUUGCCAAGAAAGAGGAGAUCCUGAUCAUCCGAGCAGCCAAACAGAGGGGGAUACAGGUGACAUGUGAGGUGGCUCCGCACCAUCUCUUCCUGUGUGAGGAGAAUGUGCCCAACAUUGGGGAAGGCAGGGCCCAGGUACGGCCCAUGCUGGGAACGCGUGAGGACAUGGAGGCAUUAUGGGAAAAUCUGGACAUCAUUGACUGCUUUGCCACAGACCACGCGCCUCAUUCUGUGGAAGAGAAGAACUCUGAGAAGCCCCCCCCAGGUUACCCAGGCCUGGAGACCAUGCUGCCCCUGCUGCUGACCGCUGUGAGCGAGGGACGACUCACCAUCGAUGACAUCAUCAAGAGACUUUAUGAGAACCCCAUCAAAAUAUUCUCCCUUCCACCUCAGGAGAACACCUAUGUGGAGGUGGAUUUGGAGCAAGAGUGGGUCAUUCCCAAACAUAUGCAGUUCACUAAAUCCAAGUGGACGCCCUUUGAAGGCAUGAAGGUGAAGGGCAAGGUCAGGAGGGUCGUCUUGAGAGGAGAGGUCGCUUACAUUGACGGACAGGUUCUCGUACUUCCGGGGUAUGGAGAGGACGUGAAGACUUGGCCAGUCAGUGUAGCAGCCUCUGAGCCUGUGAAGGAUGUCCCACUGGUAACACUCUCAACACCACAGAGCCCCCGCCAGGCUGCUCCUUCUGAUGCCCUCCGUGCCCGUGCCCCCAGCCCACGCAGGGCAGUGGGAGAUGGCAGAUACAUGCUCCCACCCCGCGUUCACCGCUCCUCUGAUCCUGGCCUGCCCCCAGACAUGGUACCACCGGCAGAAGCGUACGCUCACCCUCCUCCCUUGGCCAGGAUCCUGUCACCCCAGGCUGGCCAGCCCCAGGUCCUGCCUCACCUGCAGGUCUCUCCCCUUCUCCACCCACUGGUGGGACAGCAUGUCCUGUCUGUGCAGCAGUUCUCUAAGGAACAGAUUUCACACCUGUUCAACGUGGCUCACAAUUUCCGCCUGAUGGUGCAGAAAGAAAGAAGCUUGGACAUUUUAAAGGGUAAAGUCAUGGCCUCCAUGUUCUAUGAGGUCAGCACCAGAACUAGCAGCUCCUUUGCCGCAGCAAUGCAGCGGUUGGGGGGCUCCGUCGUCCACUUCGGCGAGUCCACGUCCUCCACCCAGAAAGGCGAGUCUCUGGCCGACUCUGUACAGACCAUGAGUUGCUAUGCCGACGUGUUGGUCCUGCGCCACCCGACACCAGGAGCAGUGGAGCUGGCAGCCAAGCACUGCAGGAAGCCAGUGAUCAAUGCAGGGGAUGGAGUGGGAGAGCACCCCACUCAGGCUCUACUGGACGUCUUCACCAUCAGAGAGGAGCUGGGCACAGUCAACGGCAUGACCAUCACGAUGGUGGGUGAUCUGAAACAUGGCCGCACUGUGCACUCCCUUGCCAAGCUCCUCACCCAGUACAGAAUAACCAUGCGCUAUGUUGCCCCCAAAAACCUCCACAUGCCUGCAGAAAUCCUCGACUUUGUGGCCUCGAAAGGCAUCAAGCAGGAGGAGUUUGAUAGCAUUGAAGAGGCGCUUCCUGAAACAGAUGUCCUGUACAUGACCAGGAUUCAGAAGGAGCGCUUUGCCUCUGAGGAGGAGUACAAAGCGUGUUUUGGUCAGUUCAUCCUGACGCCUCACAUCAUGACGGCAGCCAAAAGGAAGAUGGUUGUUAUGCAUCCUCUGCCCAGAGUCAACGAGAUCAGCCCAGAGGUAGACACGGACCCACGGGCAACGUAUUUCCGUCAGGCAGAGAAUGGCAUGUACAUCCGCAUGGCCCUGCUGGCCACUGUGCUGGGCAAAUGAAGCCUGUCCCCCACACACACGCCUCCCGUGACAUGAGCGUAGGGAGCAAAAGGAAAAAGGGAUCAGUAGUUUAGCGAGGGACGGAGUGAGUCUACGGCGUUGAGGAGGAAAAAGCACCAGUGAAAAUCUCUGCUCUGAUGCUCCAUCUACAUUCUCACCUUCAUUCAUUCCUUCAGCAAUGUUUUUCAUACUACAUUACUGUGCUCCUGUUGCUUGUCGAUCACAUCAGUGAAACCUUUGUGUUUUGUCUCUACCUGUUAAUUUCAGUCAUUGUCUGUUAUCUUUGUAAUUAUCUGAACUGACUUAGUUGUUCAUCUUUUAUCAUCAAGUAGAAUUAUAUUCCUCUGUGUACAGUUAAACAUUUCUGCUGGCCAUAACAACUGUCCAUCGCGCAUUUGAUCUCAUUUUCCUGUUUACAACUGCUGU